GGCACUGACUGGCAUCACUGCUGGGCACUGACUGGUGGCACUGACUGGCACAACCCCUGGGCACUGACUGGUGGCACUGACUGGCAACACUGCUGGGCUGCACUGGUGGGUGGCACUGGUGGGCACAGGUGGGUGGCACUGCUGGGCACAGGUAGGUGGCACUUCUGGGCACAGGUGUGUGACACUGCAGAGUAGCACAGGUGGGCGGAGCUAGUGGGCGCACUGCUGGGCACAGGUGGGCGGAACUUGCGGGUGGCACUGCUGGGCACCGAUCAUCAGGGCACUGAUCAUCAGUGCCCUGAUGAUCGGUGCCGAUCCCUGCUCUGACAACUGCCAGUUCUCGGCAGUACUUUCCUCACGAUCUGACAGCGUGAGGAAAGUGCAGCCGAGAACCGGCACUUGCAU